AUGAUGGAUGAAGAGCCAACAAACGAAACGAUGGAAACCUAUCCAACACGAGUCUACAGCAGGUCAGAUGGCGAUGGACCUGAUAACAAAGAAAAUGUGGUACUUCGAUCGAUCGUCGGCACUUCCGAUCGACAUGUUCCACUGGUUGAGCAUCGGUCACCGUCAUCAGUUUCAGUGCUAGAUGCACCGUCAGCAUCAAUGUAUACACUUGGAACACGUUAUCAACCGAUUCCACAACAGUAUCUACCGAAAAAGUCGGAUCCGAAAGUCUAUUACAUCAAUUCGGAGUCAACCGAUGAAUUGCCACGUAUUAAUCAAAAACGAGACGUUUCACCUAAGUACCAAGCAGAAAAACCCUACGAAGAACAAAUUGUUUUCCUCGAACCGCAAGUGAUAUCGCAACCCGUCCUUUACAGCGUUGCUGGUGAAAAAUAUACACCGAGAUCUAGCCAACCGGUGACGAUUACUGAACAACCACCGUCACCCGUACUUUAUUCUCUCAAUAAUCGACCUCGUACCGUCGACAUGGUCAGUAAUACACUGGAAAGUUCGACACCAGUAAUCGACAAAACUCCUAUUGUUUAUUCAUGGGCUGGAAAUUCACGUUUACAGAAUGAAAUGUCUGAACCAUCUAAAAAACACUUACAAGCGACACCCAAUGUUUAUUCAGUUACAGGUAGUCCGGCACGCACAUCUCGUGGCGUUCAAGUAAGCACACCCACUCCGACACAGCCAGCACCGAUCCUAUAUACUAUCGUGGAUGAUGCACCUAUUACAGUUGAAAAGCCAAAACAAACUCGACCAUUGUCACCACCAGUACGGUCAAAAGAGCCAGUAAUAUUUAAAUUGGAUAACGAACCCAAUGUUCGCGAACAGCAACCACAACCGACGCCUGGACCUCCAAAGGGCGCGAUGAUGUAUACAUUAGCUAACGAGCCAAACGCUCGAAAACAACAACAGCAAAUAAUACCAGCACCUCCGAAGGAUACGGCUAUCUAUACAUUAGACAAUGGAUCUAGUACUCGAAGACAAAACCAACAACAACAACAACAGGAGGCAAUGGCAACACCGACACUCUAUGCAUUAGUUGGUAAACCGCUUUCGCCACUGCCACAAGAGAUUCGAUCGAAACCACCUGUUCGUAAAAAGACGCCGCCGCCAGCACCCGUCACCGUAACCACUCAUCGAUUGAGUCGUAGUCUCGAACGAAAGCCAGAUGUUAUCACCGAAGACGUUGUCACUUAUCCAGUAACAAAAACAUCACGGCAAACGCAACCAAAAGACACAUCCGUGCCCAAACCGGAACUGAUCAUCAUUCCAGCGAGUGAAGAACGUCGACUACGUCCUCACGUAUCGCUUCAACCACCACCUCCAUCUCAUACAAACAACGAAACGUCACCUCGCAAAACUAAUAUGAUAGCACAACAUUCUACAAAUAACACUUUCGACUAUCAAUCACCAUAUACAGCACGAACAUACAAACCGUACCGUGAAGUUAAAUACAACACCAACAAUAGAACCCUGCCUCCUAUUACCACUACUCAUUCAGAAAAGAAAGAGCGACCGCCACUCUAUGAACCACGUUACCGCGUUGAACGACAUCAUCCAUACGUUCCACUGAAACCAACUACUCUCGAGCGAUAUCCUGUGAAUACAAAACCACGUUCUAGUUUAUGGGACACUGGUUAUCAAACCCAAACGGAUGAUGAUGAAGAUUAUGAGCACAGAUUGAACAAGAAAAGUCGAACAUACAAAACCUUCCGAGCACGCGCACCAUGGAUACCAGUUUGGUGA